AUGGACGACCGAGAACGUGCUUUGCUAAUGUUUGAAGCUCAUUUACAAAGCUACAGGGGAGAUGAUCCACUUGAUCAGUGGGAAAGAUAUGUACAGUGGACAGAAGAAAAUUUUGCUCAAAAUACAGGACAUUUAUCAACACUCUUAGAACGAUUAAUCAAGACAUUUUUGGAUAAGAAGAAGUACCACAAUGAUCCAAGGUUCAUUAAUAGCUGUGUAAAAUUUGCUGAAUUUAACAGCGAACCUUGUCAAUUUUAUGAAUAUAUACACAGUCAAGGGAUUGGUAUCAAGUCAUCAACUCUGUAUUUAGCUUGGGCUCAGUACCUUGAAGUCCAAGGAGAUCUACAACGUGCUAAUGCUGUUUUUCUUGAAGGAAUUCAAAACCAGGCAGAACCUACAGAAAUAUUGCAUCAACAGUACAGUUUAUUCCAGAACCGACUUACUGGAACACAUUUACCAGCUCAAGUUGAAGCCCCAGAACCCCUUCGCAAUUCUCAAAUUGUAAAUCAAAUGACCACAAUAAGAACACUUCCAGGAAAUGGUGACCCAGCUUGCCUUCCUAAAAGUCAGGGUCCACUUCCUUCUGCAAUGCAGUCAUCUACUAACAGUAUAGAAUCAAAAUUAGAACAACGAAUCGUCAUUUCCAAAUCAGGUUAUUCAGUCCAGCAAUCUUCUUUGGCAUCCAGAAGUGAUAUCAAGCAAGUCUGUAUGUACUGCAAGGACAAGCUUAUUUUUGGAGAUUCCGAAUUAUCCUUUGAGGAACUGAGAGCUCAGAAGCACAAGCAGAGAAAACAAAAAGAAUGGGUGAAUGAAGAUAAAGAAUAUUUAAAAAGGAAAGAAGCUGAUGCUUUUGAGGAGCAGCUUUUACAACAGAAAAUGGAUGAACUUCACAAGCAGUUGGCUGAAGUGAUGAAGACUAAACCGGGAAAUGCAGCUACUCUCCAGGGUAGAUAUGAGGCUCAUCCGGUAUGUGUGAGGUCAAGUGCAGGCUUGCCACAAGAACCGACUGGACCAGAUCAAGCCAGAAGUCAACAGCCCACAGUUAAUAUAAGAGACCAACAGCUAAAGGUGUCUCCUAUUCAACCAAUCCCAGCAAAGACUACUACUGCUACUUCAUUGUUACCAAGGUUAAGCCAAAGUGUUACCUGUCCCCUAACUCUGAGGCCCCAGCCAGGAACAGACUUCACAUUUAAAGAAGACAGAAACGAUGCCAACAGAGUUCAAGAAUACCCUGGUCUGGGUCAGGCCUGCCAACAAGUACAAGCUGAAAGCAGUAACAUGAAUAUUAUGCCUGCGCCUUUUCAAAAGCUCUCAGUGUCUUCUCAUGAUCUGGAACUUAAAGAACAAUAUGUGAAUAAAAAUACUUAUGAAUCAAAUCUGUAUACUGGACCAAAAUUUAAAGAAGCAUCUGAAACACCUUUAUUUUUUGGUGCAAGUACUUCUCAUGUAACACCCAACACAUCAGCAGGAAUGAUACAGGCCACACCAUCAAGAGUCCAGCCUUCACCCACAGUUCACACCAAAGAAGCACUAGGUUUCAUAAUGAAUAUGUUUCAGGAAACUUCACAUCCUGAGGUUUCUGUUGAAGAAGAUAAACUUUCCUCCCUGAAUCAAAGUGAUGAUGUAUUUAAGGACCAUUCCCAAAAGACCAUACAACCCCUUGGAGCUUGGGGAGUUAAUGAUGUCCCGUCUGUGCCACCUGCUUUUUCCAUCUUUGAAGAUGGAAGUAAAGAGAAUGCUGGAUUAACACAGCCUAAAAACAAAACCAUGGGAAUCAGAUUCUUUGGUGAACGACCUUCAAGCAGAUCUACUUCAAAACCAAAUGAGGGGUCUCAGGCAGCAGAGUCCUUGGAUGAAUGUACUAUAUGGAGUGUACGCUGUAAUAAAACUUUGGCACCCAGUCCUAACAGUACAAGAGAUUUUACAUCUGCUGCACAACUUGCUUCUACACCAUUUAACAAAAUUUCCAUGGAUGCAUGGCAAGCCCUGGAGGAUAAAGAAAAUAUGAUCGGAAGUAAUAGUGUUGGUAUGACUUAUGAUUCCUGUAAGGAAAAACUUUUGGAGAACUCGAAAAACCAAAAGCUAAGUACAAUUCAAGAAAAUGGCAUAGAGAGCCUCUUAUCAGUCAAUGUGCCGUCGCUCCCACUCACUCAGCAUGUGGUGGCCAGAGCUCUUACUGAUGGUGUUGAAGAGGGCCUUGUUGCAUGUAAACUCACUGAAACUGACCUCGCAAUGGAAGUGGAACCACCAGAAGUCAGUGUUGGGCACUUAGCCAAUUGCAUGCAGAGUAGACCAUCAGAAAGUCCACGUGUUCAAGACUUCAUUGUGGAGAAUCCAUGGGAUGAAGAUUUGAUUCAGAAGCUUUUAUCACGAUUAUCUACACCAAUAAAUGCUUAUCCCAAUGUUUUUGAAUGGGAAUGUAAACUUCCAAACAUCAAACUAAAAUCUGAAAUCCAGUGGGGUCCUUGGCUGCUCUUUGUUGAUUCCUUUCUUGGAGAGGGGGCUUUUGCCCACGUUUACGAAGCCACUCAGUGGAAUCUGAAUGACACCAAAAUCAAGCAGAAAGUCAUGUUAAAGGUUCAGAAGCCUGCCAACCCCUGGGAAUUCUAUAUAGGAACCCAGCUGAAAGAGAGACUCCCUCCCAGCAUGCGCCACCUGUUUAUCCAGUUUGAUGCUGCGCAUUUCUUCCAUAAUGGCAGUGUGUUGGUUGGUGAUCUCUACAGUUAUGGAACGUUACUAAAUGCUAUUAACCUUUACAAAAACACUCCUGAAAAAGUGAUGCCACAAGCGCUGGCCAUCUAUUUUACAAUAAAAAUUCUCCACAUGAUAGAACAACUUCAUAGCUGUGAGAUCAUUCAUGGGGACAUUAAACCUGACAAUUUUAUCAUUGGAGACAGGUUCUUAGAGCCAGACAAUGGAAUAGAUGACUUAUCUCAUGGAUUGGCUUUAAUUGACUUGGGUCAGAGUAUAGAUAUGACCCUUUUCCCUAAAGGAACAACAUUUACAGCAAGAUGUGAAACCUCUGGUUUUCAGUGUGUUGAAAUGCUCAGUCAAAAACCUUGGAACUAUCAGACUGAUUACUUUGGAAUUGCUGCAACAGCGUACUGCAUGCUCUUUGGCACCUACAUGAAAGUGAAAAAUGACCAGGGAGUCUGGAAGCCUGAAGGAGUUUUCAAAAGGGUUCCUAAUUCUGAAAUGUGGAAUGAAUUUUUUCAUGUCCUGCUGAAUAUACCAGAUUGUCACCAUCUUCCUUCUCUGGAAUCCUUACGGAAGAAACUGAAAGAAAUAUUUCAGCAGUCCUAUGCAAACAAGAUCAAAUCCUUCCGCAGCCGGCUAAUUGUGUUACUUUUGGAAUACAAACGCUCGCGAAAAUAA